AUGUCGUGGAAGAAGUCGGCGCAGUUGAUGGACACCAUCAAGCACUAUAGCAACUUCCCAGCGACAGGCGUGAGUCUUCGACAGAUGGUGCAGUUCGGGCAACAUGUCUCCGUCGGUACACUCUUUCGAGCGUCACAGUUUGUGUCCGAAGAACUGCCCAUUCGAUUGGCGCAUCGGGUGCAAGAGCUGGGUGACCUGCCUGAUGGCUUGAACGAGAUGGAGAGUAUACAGCGAGUGCAGGACUGGUAUGCCCAGUCGUUCGAGGAGAUCACAACAAUGGCUCGACCAAAUCUGUCCGCGGAAACCAAAGAGCGGUUGAUGAAGCCAGCGAAGACCAAUGGUAAAGCAUCGCGAAUGUUGAGUGAGACCACACACAAUCCGAGUGUCAAGCCCGGACAGUAUAGAUCGAAUCCUACAAUGUCAGAAGACGAGGCAGCACGGAAGCGAAACAAUCUACGGAAGUACUACAGCGCCGGCGACGAUGACGGCGACUGGCCUCCAGAACUCAACGACUUCAACAGCCGGUUCGCACAAACACUCCAAAAGAUCAAACGACGGCACGACCCAGUUGUAACGACAGUCGCCCAGGGUAUUCUAGAGUACAAGCGAAAACGACAACGAAUGCAAAUUGAUCACCACAUCCAAGCCUUCCUCGACCGCUUCUACAUGUCACGAAUAGGCAUCCGCAUGCUGAUAGGUCAACACAUUGCUCUAACAGAUCAACGGACAACUUCUGACCCCGAUUACGUGGGCAUAAUAUGUACCAAAACCAACGUCCGAGAUCUAGCUCAGGAAGCCAUCGAAAAUGCUCGAUUCGUCUGUGAGGACCAUUAUGGACUCUUCGAUGCACCGAAAGUGAGGUUAGUAUGUCCGCCAGAUCUGAACUUCAUGUACGUCCCUGGCCAUUUAUCGCAUAUGCUCUUCGAAACCCUGAAGAACAGUCUCCGAGCCGUUGUGGAGACUCAUGGGGAAGAUAAGGACGAGUUCCCUGUCACGACCGUCAUCGUCAGUGAAGGACGGGAAGACAUCACGAUCAAGAUUAGUGAUGAGGGAGGCGGGAUCCCACGCUCGAGUAUUCCUUUGGUCUGGACAUAUAUGUAUACCACCGUCGAUCAGACCCCUAGUCUAGAUCCGGAUUUCAACAAGAGUGAUUUCAAGGCACCAAUGGCUGGGUUUGGAUACGGUCUGCCAAUCAGUCGGCUUUAUGCGAGGUAUUUUGGCGGGGAUUUGAAGUUGAUUAGCAUGGAAGGGUACAUGGCCAUAUAA